CGGGAGCGCGCACGGCGGGAGGAUGCGCGCGGCGCCAGGCGGGAGCGCGCCGGCGGCCCCCGCGGGCGGCAGGAGCUAUGGAUGGGCAGGAGAGCUGAGGAGCCCGACGUCUCACCGAGGGCUCGCGUGUAAACGCUGAUGCUCCGACGAAUGCAGGAUGAAAAUGCUUCCUGGAGUGGGUGUGUUUGGCACUGGCAGCACUGCCCGGGUACUGGUGCCCUUGCUGAGAGCAGAAGGCUUCUCUGUGGAAGCACUUUGGGGGAAGACUGAAGAGGAGGCCAAGCAGCUGGCAGAGGAAAUGAACAUCUCCUUCUACACGAGCCGGACGGACGACGUGCUGCUGCACCAGGACGUGGAUCUGGUUUGCGUCCAUAUCCCGCCGCCGCUGACCCGGCAGAUUGCUGUCAAGGCUCUAGGAAUAGGGAAGAACGUGAUCUGUGAGAAAGCUGCCACGUCCGUGGAUGCCUUCAGGAUGGUCACAGCCGCCAGGUACUACCCCAAGCUGAUGAGCAUCGUGGGCAACGUGCUGCGCUUCCUGCCCUCCUUCGGCAGGAUGAAGCAGCUGAUAGAGGAGCGCUACGUGGGCACGGUGAUGGUCUGCGACGUGCGCGUGUGCGGCGGCAGCCUGCUCAGCCACCACUACAACUGGAUCUGCGACGAGCUGAUGGGAGGAGGGGGUCUGCACACCGUGGGCACCUACAUCAUCGACCUCCUCACGCACCUCAUCAGCAGGAGAGCCGAGAAGGCGCACGGCUUGCUCAAGACCUUCGUGAAGCAGAACGCGGCCAUCGGCGGGAUCCGCCACGUCACCAGCGAUGACUUCUGCUUCUUCCAGCUGCUAAUGGACGAGGGGGUGUGUUGCACCGUCACUCUCAACUUCAACAUGCCAGGAGCCUUCAUCCACGAGGUGAUGGUCGUGGGCUCUGCCGGUCGCCUCGUGGCGCGCGGGACGGAUUUGUACGGGCAGAAAAACACGGCCCUCCAGGAAGAGCUGCUCUUCACGGACUCCCUGCCUGUCAACAAGGGCCUUUUAGACAAGGGCUUUAAAGACAUCCCUCUGCUUUACCUCAAGGGAAUGGUGUACAUGGUGCAAGCCCUGCGACAGUCCUUCCAAGAGCAGGAAGACCGUCGGACGUGGGACCACAAACCCGUGGCGGUGGCGGCCUCCUUUGAGGACGGGCUGUACAUGCAGAGCGUGGUGGAGGCCAUCAAGAAAUCCAGCAGGUCAGGGGAGUGGGAGGCCGUGGAGGUGAUGACCGAGGAGCCAGAUGCCAACCAAAACCUCUGCGAGGCACUGCAGAGGAAUAACUUCUGAGGAUGGAGCAGGGCAGGUCACACUCGUGGCUGUGCUGCCCAAACCCCUCUGGGUUGUAACAUACGUGGAUUCCUAUUUAAUAACCCGGGUUGUUUGGUUCGUUAAACGUGUCACGCUCUGGUAGACACUGAUGGAAACUGUUUGAGGAGUUUUAAAUGCCUCUGGGUUUGCAGAUGUUUGAUUUUUGACCUGGAGGCUGGGAGGGAAACUUGAAUUGCCCUUUGCACUUGCAGUAGCUGAGGUGAAGGUGGGAUCUGUGCUGCCACGGGGCUGGGAAGCGGGACACAGCGUAACGAUGCCGACGUGGGAGCACCUAGAGCGAGAUCAGGGAGGAUCUGUUCUUCAAACACCUUUUCCUUCUCUCUUGGAGACUGGUGAAGUUUUGCUCCUCAGUUGGUCAGGUCUCAUGGAAGGGUUCAGGGAUGGAACAGCUCUCUGAACACCUCUAGGACGAAAAGGAACAGGUUGAAGUUUGUAACAGGAGCGGCCUUUGAGCCUCCUGCCCGUGGAAGGUGCCAUUCAGAUUCACCUGAGCUGCUGUUUUGUUCAUGUGAUGCUGGGAAUUCUCUGGUGCCAGUGUCUUGUCAGGAAAAUCUUCAGGAAGCCUGAAGAUCCUGUGUGUGUAGACAUGACUCCCUCCCCUCCAGAGGCUGCCCACAUCCAGCAGCUCUGUGUCUGUGUUUACUGCCCGGCAGUGCCGUGCCUGUGGGGCCACCUUCUCCUUCCUGUGACUGCUGAUAAAUGCCCCCCAGGGACCCCACGGUGUCCUAGCUCAGGAGGCUGUAGAGCAUGAACCUUGGGGACACACAGGUUGGAAGCAAGGAGGGAUUUCCUACCUCUUGCAGCUCUCUGAAUGCGUUGGCUGGGUGACUCGUCACGCUGCACACAUCCCGACCGAGCUGCCACGGGGAAGUCUGCUCUGGAUCUCAAGCACUGGAUGUGAACCCUCUGGCCCUGCCUGUCCUCACACCCUCCUGCAGAGAG